UAUUUAACAUUACAAAAACGAUGAUCUAUUGUUAAAGUGGUACAGCAACCUAUCCAAAAUGUUGUUAAAAUUAAUUUUCAACUUUAUUACCUUGCGCGCUUUGUGUUGUUUAGGUUUGAGUGACAUGACUGAGAGUUCGUUUGGUCCUCACAAGGAAGGCGUAUUGGCUGCUUUUGGAGACUUUAACUCUGAUGAAUUGACAGAUGCCUUUCUUAUUAUAAAUUCAUCGACUAUUGAAGUUUUUCUAGCUUACGAUAAGGAACCGUUUUUAAGACCUUCUGGGUAUGCUUGCAACUUUACCAAUACAGCCAUAACAAGCAUUGUACCAGGUGAUUACGAUGGCGAUGCGUACAUGGACAUACUAUUAACUACGCAAACACAGAGUAAUGAGACAACCAACCUUCACGAUGUCAGAAUACUGUGGGGUGGUAUGCCCACCUUGAACUGCUCUGAUGCACAGAUGAUCAAAGCAACAUCAGUUGGCCAACCUUUAGUGAUCGACUACAAUCGCGAUAUGGUCCUGGACUUGUUUGGCAUAAACACACACAACCAAAGGGUGUACUGGGUUUUUGAUAGAACUAGAAGCACUCCAAAGGAAAUAUUAAUGGAUGAAGGAAUUAUGAAACAGAUAAAACUGCCACAUUCACAUUCAUUUUUAGAUGUCAAUGAUGAUAAUGCUGCAGAUUUAAUGCUAACUACCACAGUUGAUGUAGAAAUUUGGUAUAGUAAUAAGCCAGGCGGUUUUACUCUGAAUCGCAAUAUUGAUUUGUUGGUUGGUCAUCAAGCAAUAUAUGGGCAGGCACUUUUCCUAGACGUAGCUUUGUCUGGAGACUUCUUUUUGGUAAUUCCUCUUUGUUAUGACAUGGAGUGUUUUAACAGCACUAUUUUGAUUUAUGACAAUCAACAGUGGCAUGAUUUGCAAGUCGAUUUCAAUGAUGGUAAAGGAACACUUUGGAGGUUCACCCCUCCAAAGGACGAGGUCUAUCUGGACACUAUCACAAUGAGAAGUGGUGACUUUAACAUGGAUGGGUACCCCGACAUUCUCAUGACUUUAAGUCCUAUAAAUAACAAUAAUGAAACACGGGUUUUCCUCCUCCAUAAUGUGGCUUGUGAGGCACCUGAAUGUAAAUUCCACAGAACAUUUCAAGUACAAUGGGAACAAUUCAACUCAUUUGGGAACAAUGUUGUUAUGGCUACAUUCUAUGACUUCUACAUGGAUGGUGUUUUAGACAUAAUAUAUGUGAAGAAAAAUAGUACCACAAAAAAGUAUACAAUGCAUGCAUAUAAAAAUGAACUUGAGUAUGAUACAAACUUCAUGAAGGUUAUUGUUGUUACUGGAUUGACUAAUGAGAGGAUUCCAGUUAUUAAUGGUACUUUUUAUAAACGUAAAGUAACAUUUGGUACAAAUUUACCUGGACCUAAAAUAGGUUACAACACAUGGUCACAAGAAGGCACAUACAGAACAGGAGCUUGUGCUCAACUCUCUCAAUCUGCAUACUUUGCUUUGCAAUUACCUUAUUCAAUAUUUGGUUUAGAUAGGACACCUAAUUUUGUUGAUACUUUGAAUGUUGGUGUUUCUGGUUAUUCUAAAAGUUGGACUCAGAUAAUUCCUAAUUCACAAAUUGUUGUUGUGCCUUCACCACCUGAUGAUUCAUCACAGUGGCGAGCACAGUUGUUUGUGACUCCAAGCAAAGUUAUUCUUAAGAGCGUAUUUGUAUUAACUGCCGUCAUAGUACUAAUUACUGGAUGUGUUCUUUAUUUGCACUGGAAGGAAAGAAAUGACCGACAAGAUAUUGUUGAGAUUGAUGACAAGACAUAUGUGAAACUCUAAUCAUAAAUCCAUUUAGUUUACUGCUGUGAUAUGCUAGCUUGGUAAUUCCAUAAUUGUAUAUUAUGUAUAGUUUAUGUAAGAUAAAAUUAUGUAAGA